AAAUUCAAUGUAACAAAGUACGUCAAAUCCAGAAUUCUACGUCACUUCCGCUGUGGGUACGUCAAACAUGGCGCUGCUACUAAGGACGUUGGCCCGUCAGGGGUUUUGUGUCUCCAGGUCGCAGUGCGGUGUCCUCUACGUCAAGCAUGCUGCCCCAAUGGGAACCACCGCCAAGGAGGAGAUGAACAAGUUUUGGGCCAAAAAUACGACAUUGAACCGACCCAUGUCACCUCACAUUACCAUUUACAAAUGGUCCAUCCCCAUGAUGAUGUCCAUUACACACCGGGGAACCGGAGUAGGCCUCAGUGGAGCCAUUUCCGCCUUCGCCGCGGCCGCUCUGCUUCUGCCCGGUAGUUACCCGCACUACCUGGAUCUCAUCCACUCGCUCUCCGUCGGCCCCUUUCUCAUCGGCCUGGCCAAGGUGGGCAUCGCCUUCCCGGUGUCCUACCACACCUACAAUGGGAUCCGCCAUUUGUGUUGGGAUCUCGGCAAAGGCUUCAAAAUUCCCGAGGUGUACCGCAGCGGCUACACCGUGAUUGGCCUGUCCAUCAUCACCACCAUCGCCGCUGCCACGCUCCUGUGAGCUCACUCCGCCAAGGCCAAGUGCAUUGUGGGAAGUUUGCUUUUGUGUAUAUGUUGUGAAGACUUGGGGAAAAAAUAAAGGAUUCUAUAUAUA